AUGCCGGACCCAGAGCCUUUUUACGCGUUCACCGUUCCUUCGCUCGCCGAUGACCUGCCUCUACAAUGUCGCGUCUACCAUCCCAAAACUUUCGGAGCCCGUCUUCAGCCUCAGGAUGAGAGACAUUCGCGACGUCGAGGAGCGAUUGUCGCGCACCCAUAUGCCCCGCUUGGGGGCUGCUAUGACGACCCUGUUGUGCUUUCUGUUGCAGAGACUCUGUUAGGCGAAGGAUAUGUGGUGGGCACAUUCAACUUUCGAGGAGCAGGCGAGUCCGGUGGCCAUACUACAUGGUCAGGCAAGGCAGAGCAAGACGACUAUGUCUCCUUGGCUGGCUUCAUGAUCAACUACCUCCGUGGGCUGGCGAUUACGCCGGAUUCGGAUCAACUUGAGCCCAUUCAAUCCAUCACAGAUAUGAGCGGCAAGGGCACUUCCACUAUUUCCACUACACUCAACAACACUACAGCAGUCCAACUCAUAUUGGGUGGCUACUCUUACGGCUCGCUAAUUCUCGCUCGUUUGCCGCCCGUCCAAAGCAUUAUUCGACGCUUUGAGGACGCCCAAACCGGCACCGCAGCAGCAGAGAUAGUGCUCCGCGCUAAGACCAUGGCAGAGCAGAACAGGAAUGCUUUGCAGGAAGCCGAGAGCCCCGCGACACCACAACGAGGACGUCAGCUCGAUCCCAACGACGUGGCCACAAGCCCCCGCAAGCGCGUGGGUGCAUCGCCGAUCGUGUUUGGAGGAGAAGAGAGCGAUCCAUCGUCACGACGACGCAGUCGAGAUUCUAGGCGAAGCAACGACAUUGUUCGAAAAAGCAUUGAGACUCCUAGACGCAUCAAAGCGCAUAUGAGAGGGUCGAGCUUGCCAGCGAAGAACGGCGUCAAAGUCGAGACCACAUCAAAUCCUGUAGCGGCUUCACCACGUUCUCCUGCCCCUGCUCUGACUGUGAGAUACCUGGUCAUAUCGCCCGUCCUGCUACCUUUCACCAGCCUACUUCUACCCCCUGGACCGCCCUCAGUAUUCGCUGGCUUACGCAAGCGUUCGGAGGCAGACACCCAUGCUGGUGACUUGUUUAUCAAGAACCCUACUUUGGCGCUCUUCGGCUCAUCCGACGUGUUAACGGCCAGCAAGCGUCUGAAGGCAUGGGCAGAAAAGCUGUCCGCUUCUCCGAAGUCGAGCUUCACGUGGGAAGAGAUUGAGGGAGCUGGUCACUUCUGGCACGAGCCGGGAGUGAUGCAAGCUCUGCAGGAGAAGAUCAAGACAUGGGUCGCCAAUGAAGUUGAUAGUUGA